AUGCAAGAAGCUGCCAAUGAAUACUUCAAUGGCAAUCUAAGACAUGCUGAAGGAGUACUGGCUUCAAACUCGAGAACAAAAGCAGACAAGGCUCGUCAAAUUCUAGGCUGGCAGCCGAAGUACGGUGACGAGGCUUUUCUUGAGGAGAUCGAAGAAGUUGUCGCCGCCAUGGUUGCGGAGCAAGCUUAG